UAUGAUUAUCCAUUGUACAAACAGUGCGGACAACCUUGGAGCAACCAACUUACUGGCACUGAUACUAUCUGCAAGUCUGGCUGUUUGAUGACCUCCAUGUGUAUGGCUUUGAACGGUCGUGGAAGAUCAUACAUGAACCCAGGUGAAUUUGCUAACUGGUUGAAGUCAAACGGUGGUUUCAGUGGUAAUCUCUUUGUUUGGGGAAGUGUUUCUAGAUUAGGUCUUUCUUAUGCUGGUAAGGUUUCUGGAACUGCUGCCAUUGCUGAAAAGCUCUGUUCUGGAAGUAUUGUCAUCCUUAACGUUCGUUAUGGUGGUCACUGGGUUUUGGCAACUGGUUUCGAUGGAUAUUCAUUCGCUGUCAAUGAUCCAGGUUAUUCCAAGAUUUCAUACCUUGCUUCUGAAGUUACUCAAGCUGCUAUUUACAAUUAA